CGGCCGCGGCGCUCGGUUCCCCCGCUCCCGCGCUCGGUCCUCGGCUCCCGCGCUCGGUUCUCCUGCGGCUCGGCGCCAUGGAAGACCAGAGCUCUGCAGAGGAGAAGGGACUGCGCUGCCAGAACCCAGCCUGCAUGGACAAGGGCCGGGCCGCCAAGGUAUGCCAUCAUGCCGAUUGCCAGCAGCUGCACCACCGGGGGCCUCUCAACCUGUGUGAGACCUGUGAUAGCAAGUUCCACAGCACCCUGCACUACGACGGCCAUGUCCGAUUUGACCUGCCCCCGCAAGGCUCUGUCCUGGCCCGCAAUGUUUCCACCCGGUCCUGUCCUCCCCGCACCAGCCCUGCUGCAGACCUGGAGGAAGAAGAGGAAGGCUGUACCGACGGAAAAGGGGACCGGAAGAGCGCCGGCCUAAAAAUCUCUAAGAAGAAAGCAAGGAGGAGACACACAGAUGACCCGAGCAAGGAGUGCUUCACCUUGAAAUUCGACCUGAACGUGGACAUCGAAACAGAAAUUGUGCCAGCCAUGAAGAAGAAGUCACUGGGGGAAGUGUUGCUGCCUGUGUUUGAGAGGAAGGGCAUCGCACUGGGCAAAGUAGACAUCUACCUGGAUCAAUCCAACACACCCCUGUCCCUCACCUUCGAGGCCUACAGGUUUGGAGGACACUACCUGCGGGUCAAAGGUGAGCAGAGAGCCACAGUGGUAGGUACCCUAGGCCAGGGAUGCAGAGACCCUUUUGUCUGCUUGGGUGAUCUGGGGUUCCUAAAACCCUGGUGUGGAGCUGUGGGGCUGGUGUGAGCUGCAUUUCACCAUUUAUGCCUCCUUGGUCAGGCCCCUGGCCGCCGUCGCAAGAACAUGUCUGAAUUCCUGGGAGAGGCAGGCAUCCCUGGACACGAGCCCCCUGCACCUUCCAGCUGUUCUCUGCCCGUUGGGAGCAGUGGGGGUACCAGCAGUGGCAUCAAUGAGAGCUGGAAGAACCGGGCAGCCAGUCGCUUCAGCGGCUUCUUCAGCUCCAGCCCUAGCACCAGUGGCUUUGGCCGGGAGGUAGACAAGAUGGAACAGCUGGAGAGCAAGCUACAUGCCUACAGCCUUUUCGGGCUACCCCGGAUGCCCAGGAGGCUGCGCUUUGACCAUGACUCCUGGGAGGAGGAAGAGGAAGAUGACGAGGAGGAUGAAGAGAGUUCAGGCCUGAGGCUGGAGGACAGCUGGAGGGAGCUCACUGACGGGCAUGAGAAGCUGACCAGGCGGCAGUGCCACCAACAGGAGGCAGUGUGGGAACUCCUCCACACAGAAGUCUCCUACAUCCGGAAACUACGUGUGAUCACCAACCUGUUCCUGUGUUGUCUUCUUAACCUGCAAGAGUCGGGGCUCCUGUGUGAGGUUGAGGCUGAGCGCUUGUUCAGCAACAUACCUGAGAUCGCCAAGCUACACCGCGGCCUGUGGGGCAGCGUGAUGGUGCCGGUACUGGAGAAGGCGCGGCGGACGCGGGCGCUGCUGCAGCCCAGCGACUUUCUCAAAGGCUUCAAGAUGUUUGGCUCACUCUUCAAGCCAUACAUCCGAUACUGUAUGGAAGAGGAGGGCUGCAUGGAGUACAUGCGCGGCCUGCUGCGUGACAACGAUCUGUUCCGGGCAUACGUCACGUGGGCGGAGAAGCACCAGCAGUGCCAGCGGCUGAAGCUGAGUGACAUGCUGGCCAAGCCCCACCAGCGGCUCACCAAAUACCCACUGCUGCUCAAGUCGGUGCUGAGGAAGACGGAUGAGCCCCGCACCAAGGAAGCCAUCGUCACCAUGAUCAGCUCGGUGGAACGCUUCAUACACCACGUGAACACGUGCAUGCGGCAGCGGCAGGAGCGGCAGCGCCUGGCGGGGGUGGUGAGCCGGAUCGAUGCCUACGAGGUUGUGGAGGGCAGCAACGAUGAGGUGGAUAAGCUCCUGAAGGAAUUUCUACAUCUGGACCUGACAGCACCCAUGCCUGGAACCUCCCCUGAAGAGACCCGACAGCUGCUGCUGGAAGGGAGCCUGAGGAUGAAGGAGGGGAAAGAUAGCAAGAUGGACGUGUACUGCUUCCUCUUCACUGAUCUACUCUUGGUGACCAAGGCCGUGAAGAAAGCAGAGAGAACGAAGGUCAUCAGGCCACCGCUACUGGUGGACAAGAUUGUGUGCCGGGAACUUCGGGACCCUGGUUCCUUCCUCCUCAUCUACCUGAAUGAAUUCCACAGUGCCGUGGGGGCCUACACUUUCCAGGCCAGCAGCCAGGCCUUGUGCCGGAGCUGGGUGGACACUAUUUACAACGCACAGAACCAGCUGCAGCAGCUGCGUGCGCAGCUCUGUGCACAGGAGCCCCCAGGCAGCCAGCACCUGCAGAGCCUGGAGGAGGAGGAAGAUGAGCAGGAGGAGGAGGGUGAAGAGAGCGGUACCUCAGCUGCCAGCUCACCCACCAUCCUUCGAAAGAGCAGCAACAGCCUCGACUCUGAGCACUGCACCUCAGAUGGCUCCACUGAGACCCUGGCCAUGGUUGUGGUAGAGCCUGGGGUGACACUGUCUUCCCCGGAGUUUGAAGGCUGUCCCAUCAGCUCCCAGUCGGACGAAUCUUCUCUCAGUAACACUGCUUCAUCCAUCACUCCCACCAGCGAGCUGCUGCCCCUGGGCCCCGUGGAUGGCCGCUCUUGCUCCAUGGACUCUGCCUAUGGCACCCUGUCCCCCACUUCCCUUCAAGACUUUGUGGCUCCACACCCUGUGGUCAAGCCAGCGCCUGUGCCUCAGACCCCCUCUCCCCAGCCCUCACCCCGCCUCCGCCGUCGCACUCCUGUCCAGCUGCUCCCUCGCCCGCCCCGCCUGCUAAAGUCCAAAUCAGAGGCUAGCCUCUUACAGUUACUGUCAGGAACCGCCACCUGUGGCGUGCCCCUAGCUCCCAGCCGCAGCCUGUCAGAACUGUGCCUGAUCACUGUGGCCCCUGGGGUUAGGACUCAGAGCCCCCUUCAGGAAGGUGGGCCUGGCUGGAAUGGUCCAGGGAUGUGUGACCCCUGCCAUGGCCCUCAGUUGUCAGAAUCUGAGAACAGCCCCAGCCAUAUGACUGGGGGACCUGCAGAGUCUGCCCGAAGGAGAUGCAGAGAGAUGCCUUCUGGGACUGUGCCCAGGGUGCAGUCUGAGCCUCCCUCAGGGGUCUCUGCUCAACACAGGAAGCUGACCCUGGCCCAGCUCUACCGGAUCAGGACCACCCUGCUGCUUAACUCCACGCUCACUGCCUCGUGA